AUGUCCACCAAGCCCAAAUCAAGAUGGGCAAACACCGAAGAAGACGCUGAGCUAGACGCAAAGCUCAAGCUUGAAAAGGAAGAAAAGCGCCGCAAGAAAGCCGAAAAGGCACAAAAGCUCGCAGAAGAAGAAGCAGCUCGAAGAAAAGCCGCCGCAGCACAACAAGCCGACAACACCAACCUCAGUAACGAUCACGACGAUCCCUCCCGACCCUCCAAACGCCGAAAACUCACCCCCGAACCACCCUCCUCCUCAGCUCCCCCAAGACUCCUCCGCUUCGACCCCCCCUCCAGCAGCUCCCUCGCCCCCAGCCGCAGCGUCGACCACUACGACAAGCUCAACGACAUCGAAGAAGGCACCUACGGCUUCGUCGCCCGCGCGACCGAGCUCUCCACGGGGCGCGUCGUCGCCAUCAAGCGCCUCAAGCUCGAGGCCGCCGACCCAAACGGCCUGCCCGUCACCGGCCUGCGCGAGAUCCAGAUCCUCAAGCGCUGCCAGCACCGCAACGUCGUCAAGCUGGAAGAGGUUGUCGUAGGCAACGAUAUUGGCAAGCCAGACAACUCCAUCUUCCUCGUCCUCGAAUUCGUCGAACACGACCUCAAAUCCAUCCUCGACGACAUGCCCGAACCCUUCCUCUCCUCCGAAGUAAAGCGCCUCCUCCUCCAACUCGCCUCCGGCGUCUCCUACCUGCACGAAAACUACAUCCUCCACCGCGACCUCAAAACCUCCAACCUCCUCCUCAGCAACCGCGGCCUGCUCAAGAUCGCAGACUUUGGCAUGGCCCGCUACGUCGGCGAGUCCCCCACCCCAAAACUCACCCAGCUCGUCGUCACCUUGUGGUACCGCAGCCCGGAGCUCCUCCUCGGCACCCGCUCCUACGCCAGCCCCGUCGACAUGUGGUCCGUCGGCUGCAUCUUUGGCGAGCUCAUUGCCCGCGAGCCCCUCCUCCAGGGCUCCAACGAGGUCGACCAGAUAUCCAAAAUCUUCCAGCUGUGCGGCUUCCCCACCGACGAGUCCUGGCCCUCCUUUCGCCGCCUGCCCAACGCCCGCUCCCUCCGCCUGCCGCCCAAGCAGCAGCAGCAGUCCGCCACGGGCUCCGUCAUUCGCGCCAAGUUUCCCAGCCUCACCACCGCCGGCGCCUCGUUGCUCAACUCUUUACUCGCUCUCGAUCCGGACAAGCGGCCGUCCGCAAAGGAGAUGCUCGAGCACGAGUACUUCCGCCAGGACCCCAAGCCGAAACCCGAGAGUCUGUUCCCCACGUUCCCUAGCAAGGCCGGUCAGGAGAGGAGACGGCGUCACGAGCCCGAUGCGCCUGUGCGUGGGCAGGCUGUGGCCCUUGGUGAUGUCGACUUUAGCGGCAUCUUUCAGGGGAGAAAGGAAGAGAAGGGUGCCGGGUUCAGUUUACGCAUGGUAUGA